ACAUUUUUCGUAAGGCUGGUCACACUAUUCAAUCUGCCAACUGUCAAAAUAUCAGCUGUGUUGAUGAACAACAACCUUGUAUUUCAUCACACUCGACCCGCAUAAAUUAAUUCUGCGAUAGAAUUUUAAAACGAUGAAUAUCCCUCGAAUUCUAUUUAAAAAUACACAAAAUUCAAUAAAAAUCAAUUUAAGAAAUGUAAUUAUACCAAACUUUCAACGCACUGUAACAAAUCAAGCUCAAAGAGCACCAGAAAACUCCACCGAAGAUGGAACUACACAUUUUGGUUAUCAAACUGUGAAAGAAAGUGAAAAAGUUGAAAAAGUACACAAAGUAUUUGAGGAUGUUGCCAAAUCCUAUGACAUAAUGAACGAUGCCAUGUCCAUGGGAAUCCAUCGUAUAUGGAAAGAUAUUUUCAUGGAACGAUUGGGUCCAAUGCGUGGAGCGCGUCUGCUCGAUAUGGCUGGCGGGACAGGAGACAUUGCAUUUCGAUUUCUGAAAUACAUAGACAAACAACCGAAUCCCAGCAAUCGGGAAAGUCAUGUCACAAUAUCAGAUAUCAAUCAACACAUGUUGGAUGUUGGCAAAGUUCGAGCUGAUAACUUGGGGUUGACUCAGGAAAAACUCGAUCAAAUUUCCAUCGAAUGGAAAUGCGCUAACGCUGAGGAACUUCCAUUUGAUGAUAAUACUUUUUCAGCUUACACAAUUGCCUUUGGAAUUAGAAAUUGUACACAUAUUAAUAAAGUACUAUCAGAAGCAUAUCGAGUUCUUAAGCCAGGUGGAAGAUUUAUGUGCCUGGAAUUCAGUCACCUGAACAACGAAACCCUUCAAUGGUUGUAUGAUCAGUAUUCGUUUCAAGUUAUACCGCCAAUGGGACAGAUUUUAGCUGGUCAAUGGCAAUCGUAUCAAUAUCUUGUAGAGAGUAUUCGGAAGUUUCCUCGUCAAGAUGAAUUUAAGGAGAUGAUUGAGAAAGCCGGCUUUGAUAUGGUUCAAUAUGAGAAUUUGACAUUUGGGGUUGUUAGUAUACAUUCGGGUUUUAAAUUGUAAAAAGCAUAGGAAAUUAAAUAAAAUAAUCUGCGAUUGUAUUGAAA